GAGGCGCGCCGCCCCCGACUCUCGCGCACCGCUGCACCAAACUGGGCAGGGGCUGCGCACACUGCGACACAAACAGCUCGCGGCUAGGGCGUCGGGAAGGGGGCGGAGGGAUACUGCGUGAAAGGGCUCGGCGCCCCUUCCCAGGUCCAUCGUAGUUCCGACCCAGAGGAGGCGGGGCUACGGUGAGCCCCAGCCCAGAGGCGGGAUAACCCGUGAUUGCCUCAGUAGACUGGCCCCCAAUAUCUACGUGGCGACCACCCCUGGCUUUCCUGGCACUUUAACAUGUGGGACUGGCCUGUGAUAGGCGUUGGGGGGCACGAUCAGCAGGUUGGGAGUAGCGGAUGGAUAUCAAAGCGCCCCUCUGUAUGUGUGAACCCCCAGACUAUUUCUUCUCUGACCAUCUUCCCCUCCCCAAUCAGAAUCGCCAUAUUUCCUUGAGGCUGAUGGGAGAAGUGGGUAUCAGCACACCAAGCUGGGAAGAGAGAGGAGAUUUGAGACAAGAUUAUCCUGGAGGUUCUGGGGAUUGUUAAAUAUCCCUCUCCCUGAAGUAAGUUUACGAAGAUGGACCCAAAAUCUGUAAACACACUGCUUGAACUUGCUCUGAAGACUCUGCUGAGUAAUGAGCCUGCAGCAAUCCAAGCCCUGGAUGAAAUCCCAAGAGACCUCUUUGUUCCAUUGUUUACUACUGCUUUCCGGGGCAGACAGACGGAGGUGCUAGAGGCAAUGGUGAAAGUCUGGCCCUAUCAUUGUCUGCACAUUGGAACACUGAAUAUACAAGAAGCACCCUAUGAAAUAUUGGAAGCCAUGGUGGAUGGUCUGCAGUUCUUCCCUGCCCAGAACUCCUUCUCAUGGACCUCCAAGCUGAGAAUUUUGGAUUUAAGGCAAGACUGUGACUGUGGGAUAGUGUGCACAUACAGGACCAAAUACCCAUUUUGUUUUCAGUCUUGUGCUUAUUCUCAGCACUCCAACUUUAAAGUAACAGAAGCACAGAAUAAUGUUAGGUGCCUUGAAGUGGUUAAUUCAGAAUCUGAGCCUCUGCUAGCCAGGGAACCCAUUGAAUUACUAGUGGACAUUUCUUUCAAUUCUACAUUGAGAACAAAGCAAUUUCUUUCUUUCCUUAAGCGUAAGAUUGAUCAGAGCUUUGGAUCUUUGCACCUAUGCUGCCGAAAUUUGCAAAUUGAUAACCUGUCUGCACACACAAAUAGCCUGCAGAUUCUGGAUCUGUCCUGUAUUGAUCACCUGGAAGUCAAUCAGGGGCACCUGAAGAAAGUGACCACCCUUUUGCCUCAGUUGAUCCACCUGAACAGCCUUAGCCUGAAUGAUGUUCCCUUUAAAUGUUGUAAGGGGAGACACUUCAAAAUUUUUCUUACCUGGCUUGGAAAGAUGAACAACCUUGAUGAGCUCAACUUGUCUUUCUUCUGCCUCAAAGAUCAACUGCACAAACUGCUCAGAGUUCUGCGACCUCAGUUGGAUACAUUGAGCCUGUCUUUCUGUUACCUUUCUAAAAGAGAUAUCACAGUCCUAUCACGGAGCUCUCAGGCCAUGCACUUAAAGCUACUGAAUCUAAGUAACAACCAGAUAUUUUGGGAAGUUUAUGAGCCCUUACAGACUUUGCUGGAGAGGGUUUCAGGCACCCUGCAAUACCUGGAGUUAAACAACUGCCAAAUCACGGAUUCUUUGCUGUCUGCUAUAAUCCCAGCCCUGAGCCACUGUUCACACCUCCAUAUCUUUAGUUUUGCUUGCAAUCCCAUUACAAUGACUGCACUCAUGAACCUUCUGCCGCAUUUAACAGCCUUGGUAGAACUGAAGUGUGUGAUUUAUCCUAUCCCUGUCGAUUGCUAUGAACAGUGGAAUUUUAAUGGUGUUUUGAACCAGCAGAAACUUGCUGCAGUGCAGACCCAACUGAAGUUGAUGCUACAGGUAGCAAAGCGGGAAGACAUGUACUGGACCACUUUUCCUGAGUGAUUUUAAUAAUAAAGGUAAUUGCUUUAACACUGAUGUGCCACCAUUAACAGGUUAUUGCUGGCCUGUACCACCAGUGGCUCAGACUUGUAUGUGGUUUAGCUAACACAAAUUGCAGCUCCAAGGUCAACGUGGUUUUUUUUACUAUUUUUUUACUUUUUUGAGAACCUGUGGUUUACAGUGCUAUUAAUAAUAGUUCCAAUACACCCCAUCAUCAGUGUAUCCACUUCCCUCCCCGGGAACCCCCCAAACCCUUUAUACUUACCCUCCCAAUUCAAAUUGCGUGAAUCAUUUCUCCCAUUAUAGUUGCCUUUGAACUUUUGUUGCUACCUCACUGUGUAUCUUUAAGUCAGGGUCAACAUCAUAAAGCACUCAUUAGUUUUCCUGAAGCCAAAGUCUGUAGAAACAUGUAAGUAAACUUUCACUGUUUAAGAAACAUGCUCUGCCCAGGGCUGGAGCAAUAGUACAGUGGGAAGGGCACUUGCUUUACUUGUAGAUGAACCCAGUACAAUCCCUGGAGCCGUAUAUCAUUCCCUGAGCACCACAGGAGUGAU